AUGCUGACGGUCACUCUCACUCUUCUAGCUAUAGGAGUCAACGCCGUUGAUUCGCUCUCCUGCCACUCAUGCGCCGGGGCAGCCUUUCUGCCAAAGCACGUGAGCCAAGCGAUGACGGCAGCAAAUAUAUCGACGACAACCCCUGUUAGAGGGAAUUGCAAAGGAACCACGGGAAGCGAUGUCUGCACAGAUGGAAAAUUUUGUGUAAAGAAAACCGUCACAUACAGCAUUGGCAUCAAGGGUGUGUCGUUCAAUUGGGACACCUACACAAAGGGAUGCGCUACUGUUCGAGAAGAUAACAAAGAAGUGCCCACUAAUACUUGUUAUGAUAUUUCAACUACGGAUAAGGGGACAUACAAGCAGAUUGCACGACACUGCUACUGCUCGACAGAAUUGUGCAAUACAGCGAGCAGCUUCUUCUUCAGUGCUAUCUACCUUGUAAUAACCAUUACCUACUUUAAAUAG